GCGAAUUUGAUCUGUCUUCGUCGGUCGGUCGGUCGGUAUGUUGCAUAGUGGCAAGCGAGAAAAGUUGUUAUCCGAUUCGUGAACGUAAAGUGAAGUUGGUUUGCCGUGGUCAUGAAGAACGAAAAAAGUGUGUAAAUUAAGGGAGAAUUCCACAACGUGUGAACAUAACCCGCGAGUUGGCGUUUUCAAUUGAAAGUGCGUAUAAUCGAGUCCCGUAGUUGCUUCCGGAGUGCGUACGACUUUUUGGGAGAUUGCGUUUCGUCGUGCUUUCUUCCUUUUCCUGUAUCUUCGUCGUUGCUACCACUGCCCGGAGGGGACGGAAUAUAUUCCUGAGCUGUGAGGUCUUCUUCCCUUCUGUAAUUGCUUUGUGUUCGCUGUGCGCGUGAGUGGUGGCGAAUCAGGAUUUCGCACCACCACCACUAACAUAAAUCAGUGAGUUAUCACGAUUGUGGUACGCUGAAUAACGUGAGUGGCAAUUGUGAGAUGUGUUAUUUCUAGCCUGGUGAGUGCAGUGCAGUCAGAUAUUCGGAUAGUUUUUGCGGGGAGAUAUUUUUUUUGCUGCUAGCCUUGAAAGAAGAACGCCGAGUAUGUUAUAAUUAUAAUGUCAAUAUCCAGUUGACAUGAGGAGUUACGAUCAUUAGCAACAUCAACAGCAGCUCCAUCUCUUCCCAGUUUCUGUCUGCAGCAGCAGCCGCAGCCUCACCAGCAACCACCGACAUCAGCCGGGGGACCGAGAAACUAGUUUUCGAACAAAACGACGACCACCAACUGCAGAUGUACUAGUACUAGUAGUGUAGUAUUAGUACUAGCAGUGGUGGUGCUCAGGUCCUGAAGUAGUAGUUAUUCUAGCAGUCAGUGCUACGGUAACCAGCGAAGCCGCAGCUCUAGCUUUCCGGGACCAAGAUAGGCUAAAUUGAGGAGGUAUCGGCGAUAUACACGAUUGACCGCUCGCGGGUCCCUUCCCUGCAUCUGGUGUAUGUAUUGUUCUCCGGAUCAUAUUCCGAAGGCUUCAAGUGCACAGCAACCCCGAACACACUGAGUGUGAGAAUAACAACAAAAAAAAGGUGAGAAGAAGUGGCAUGGAAUCGCGCUGCGCUGGAAGUGUGCUAAUGCAAUGCCCGCUGUACGGUUCGUGAAGCCGCCGGUGUAAGUGAGCGUUGCAUUUUCCGGCUUUGGAACGGUCUCGCCUGUAGAUGUAGUUGUUUGGGUAUGUGUCUGUGCAGUAGCGAAAAGGGUUAACCCGAGUCUAUAGGGUACAAAACUGAGCGUGAGCAGUGCAUCAUGAGCGGUCAGUGGUAGAAGUAGCAAUGGCAAAACCGGUGGCUCAACUUGGAGUGUUUGGUGUGAGGGAAUAAUAAUGCUUGCAAUUAUUAAUUCUUUUCGGCAGUGUUAGUGGAAUUAGUGAUCCAUUGCCCAUUAAUAGAAAACAGCAGCGUCCUGAUCCCAGCGGCAGAAAGUGUUCUGUCGUCAGCGGGGCAGCAAGGCAUCCAGUUAGUGUAACAAGUGUUGUUUCGUGGAAACGAGCGUGUAUACUUUGCAUCGUCUAAUAUAUAGUGCUCUCUGAAUAUUUUGAUUCCUUCAUGAGUGGAGAAAGGGGAAGAAGGAAGAAACUGACCGCAAAGGUUCCGAGUUUUUUUUUCGUUCAAAUGAACCCAGUCGUGUAUUCGAAAGUGAUUACUGAUGGGAGCGAUCACAAGUGUUAGUGUUACAAGGAUCAAGUGUGGCACAUCGUCCAACCCGUCAGCAAAUCUGUGCUCAGCUGCCACCCGCGCCGUCAUUCCUCUGUAUCACUGUAUCAUCGCAUCGUUUUCUUUCCGUGCGGGUCCGAAUCAAGGUGUCAAGUGUCGUUAUUGUGACACCAUCGUCAGUGCCGGUGAUUGCCCCGAGAAGUGUGCAGGUCAGUGGUGCCGAUAUAACGCGUAAGUUAGAUAGAUAAAGUGAAAGAGAGAAAGAGCGAAGAGUCAAGAAGAAGAAGAAAAAAAAGCUAGUGCUAGUAGAUAGUGCCAUUCCGUGGUCCAAACGUACGUCUGUGAGCAGAAAAAGUACGUUUCGACAGGGCAGUGUAGUGUGCGGGGGUGAUUGAUCCAGUUUCUAGUAGUGUAAAGUUUCGGUGCCUCCCCAAACAUUGGGAGCUCCCGGCACUACUUCGUCGUCAAGUUGCGGAAGCUGAGAGCGUACAUGGCCAACAAUCUAUCGACGACGAAAAUGACCAAUCCGAUACGCGGACUCGUCAGCAAGCGAAGGCGACGCUACACCCAGGAUGGAUUCGAUCUGGAUCUCACAUACAUUAACGAUCGGAUCAUCGCCAUGGGCUACCCGGCGGAGAUGCUGGAGUCAAUCUACCGCAACAAGAUCGAGGACGUGCAGAGGAUGCUAGAUAAGAAUCACCCGGGACGGUACAAAAUCUACAACCUUUGCUCGGAGCGAAGCUACAACCACGAGCGUUUUCCGUACUACUCCGUGUACCCUUUCAAGGACCACAACCCACCGGAUAUCGAGUUGAUCAACUCGUUCUGCAAAGACGUCGAUGAACACCUGCAAGCGGACAGCAGAAAUGUCGUAGCCGUGCACUGCAAAGCGGGCAAAGGGCGAACAGGCACCAUGAUCUGUUGCUACCUGCUAUACAGUCGGAAAUUUAGUACGGCCGCCGAAGCACUUCACUACUAUGGACAGCGACGCACCAGGGACAGUAAAGGUGUUACGAUUCCGUCCCAGCGUCGGUACGUCGAAUACUACGCGACGCUGUUGAGGAGUAAUGAAUCGUACCGGCCGGUAACGUUAUAUAUCUGUGAAAUCCGACUCAGUCCAGCGGUCAACGUUAAAGAGGGCACGCUCAGCGUUACUGGCAAGAGUCCGCAACCGUUACCGGAGUUCAAACGCAUCGAUGACCAAACGGUGGCGAAGCUGGACUACUGCAUGCCCCUAGCCGGCGAUGUUAAGAUCGAGUUCGUUAAGAGUUUGGUUCUGCGCAAGGAGAAAAAAUGCCACUUCUGGUUCAAUACCUACUUUGUGGAGAAGUCAGCGAAGAGUGACGCUGAAGGAAACCUGUUUCUAACGCUGAGUAAAUCGGAAAUCGAUGACGCUCAUAAGGAUAAGGACCAUAAGGAGUACCCAAAUAAUUUUACGGUGACAAUGGUACUGCGGAGGGUACCCCAGGGAAAAUAUUCCGAAAGUGUUAGCCUGAAAAAAUGUCACUCACCGACAGCCGUCACAACUUCCCCCCUCAUCAAAUCCAACCUGGACAACAAUCGACAGCAGCAAAUCCCCCAUCAGCUGCAACAGCAAAUACAGCAAAUCUUUCAACACGGUCAGCACCCACCUGCAGCGCACAAGCCGCUGAGCAGUGAUCCGAACUGGCCGUCGAUAUUCAAGAAGCAGCUUAGCUACAACGAUGGCAAUAACGAUUCGUUCCCAUCGGUUGGUUUUCUGAAUGACCAGCACAAUGACCACCAUAAUCAGCGGCCACCGAACCUGAUACCACCCCAGCAGAACAACCACCAUUCUAAGCAGCCAAUUCUAACGCAACAACAACAACAACAGCAGCAGCAACAGCCACCCCAACAGCAACAACCGCUCGCCUUCCAAUCAAUGCAUGCCGACAGCCAUCAGCAACCGCAGUACCUGGACGAAAAUCUGCAUUGUCUGGAGUUCUCGGAAACCUCCAGCUCGGAAUCGUCGACCGAGGAGGAAGGCUGGGAUUCCGGGUCCGCUAUCGACAGCAUUCGUCACCAUCACAGCAUUGCAACCACCACCACCACCACAACCACCCACAACAACAACGUUAGUACCGACAACAACAACGGCCACAAGCAACUCGUCGUCGUCGCCCAUCUACAACAGCAGCCCUGUCAUCAUCUUCAUAAUCCCUACGAUGACGGUCCGAGCCGGCCGUCGUCGGUGGUGGCUGCCGUAGCUUCCGAACCGUUGAAAUCGCCGGCCAACGCAAAAUCACCCAUCAAAAAGUCGGCUUCGGCGGUGGAAGCGGUGGUCACCAGUGCCGCCCACAAACUCAACAGCAAACUGCGACGAAUGUCGACCAAUGCGAUCCUUAGCUUUAGUGCUCAUAACAGUAAUAACACUAACUGUAAGUCUAACAAUAAACCUAGUACUAGUAGCAGUGUUAGCGUUAGUAGCAAUAAAUGUGAUAUUUUCAAUCCAUUGUCGCGGCCGAGUGCCCAGCAACAGCCAAACGGCAAAGGGUCGAACCCUGCAAGCCCGCUCACGAGUCCAACCAAGCCGGUUGUUCGUAGCAUUAGUAAUGAUCCGACCGCUGCUGGCACGACGGAUGGUACACCAAUGAACAACAGUAGCGGGGAAGCGAGACGCGAUUCGCUGCCCAUCAUCGGCGGUCUGCUGUCUUCGUUCUCGUCCUCGUCGGUGUCAUCCUCGAACUCCUCCUCGCUUUCGUCAUCAAAUUUCGGGAUGAUCAAUCUUACCCACGGUCCAACCCCGAUUCCAAAAACCAACAAACUGAAGAUUUUGUUUUCUGUUAGCUCUUGUUACGGUAAUGGGUUAUCCGGCAGGGAUCCCGACGAUGACGACAAUGAUAAUGACGAUGACGACGACACUAACCACCAUCGAGACGGUAGAAAACGUGACAGCGAUGGUUGUGGUGACGGUGGUGAUGAUCACGCUCACAACAACGACAAUGACCAAAACAAUGAACACGACCAUGACGACAACGUCGUCGAUGAUGGCGAUGGUGCGGAACGACGGAAGGUGGGUGUUUGUGCCAGCAACAGUGACAGCGGUCGUAGCAGUACCGAAAUUGUGCCCGAGGCAACAGAGGACCGUACCAAUACUGGCAGCCUGCAAGAUCUGGUUUAGGCUUGUUUUGGUUCUUCGAAGUUUGCCCCACAGUAGUUGACUUGUUUUGGUUUUGUUACCUACCGUAGUUGUUGUGGGAUGCGAUAGAACUGGCUGGAUGGAGGAUUGCUUGUCCUAUGGAGGAUUUUUUGACAAUCGUUAAAAUAAAUGUGAACGUUAGUUUGAUCAACUAUAUCACUUGAAACACUGGUUGGAAAUUUUAUGACGAUAAUAAUUUAAUUUAUCCCUACCGACAGAAGAUUUGUGAAAACUGCAAGGGUUACGUACUAUACCGUGUCAUUCCGCCAUAUUUUGUCACUGAAUGACACAGUUUUUUUUAUCCAUGACUGUUUGUCGAAAGCAACAUAGAGCAGAGAUAUACAUACUUACUCUUCUACUUAUAUGUGGCGGUUCAGCUUUAAGUCGUCCAUGGUAACCUUGUUGAUAUGCGGUAUUUUGAAGGUAUCUCGAUCCCGCUGCAACCGAUACAUUUCUGAUGAAUAUGCUGAUCAUAUCCCUAGUAACAAUCUAGGUUUUAUGGUAGUUUUAUAGCCACUCAUAAAUCUUAGAUUACACUAUAAAACUUCAAUUGUUACUUGGGAUGGGUCUAUUUUGUGUUUUCAAACUUGCAAUGAAGACGUUCUUCUUAACAGCUUUCGGCGUCCCACAAGGCACAAAUCUCCGAUUAACAUAGGGAACGUGCUAAUUGAGCCAGUCGCUACUGAUUCGGUUGCCCUAAUUGGCAAGUGAAAAUUUGAGCUGCAUACGUACUUAAUGUGGUUUGAGUUAGCGUCACAAUGGAAGGGAUAAAAUCUUUCGAGUGGCGUUCAAAAUGGAAUUCAUUUCUCCAGGCUUUAAUGGUGCUACCUCAAAUAUGUUACAAUUGUCGAUAAAACAAUCUAUUUUAACAUUUCCAUCUUCAAUAAAGAGUUUCAUAUCAUUCCGCAUUCAACUGGAUACCUCCAUGAGACUAAACACUAAACAAAUGGGUCUCUGAAAUUCCCUAUUCUGGGAGUAAUUUUGGUAGACGAUGGUUGCCAUUAGAAUGUAAAAAGUGACUAAAACCUUAUCUGCCCAUUUAUUUGACACGGUUCGGUGCGUUAGCUUAACUGAGCAGUGGGUAAAAUAUAUAUAUAU